AUGCGCCUGCAGAUUGAGGCAGAAGUGGGGCCAGGUGUACAGUUUUACACAUAUUUCAUUUUGGGUGUUUACCUCAUAAUCUAUCUAUCUAUCUAUCUAUCUAUCUAUCUAUCUAUCAAAUUCUUCUCUGUAAGUAAAGCCGUAAUCAUCUCUCUCUCUCUCUCUAUCUCUUUCACUCUCUCUCUGGAUUCUUUGCCAAUAUACAUAAGGCAUAAGAGAAUCUAUCUAUCUAUCUAUCUAUCUAUCUAUCUAUCUAUCUAUCUCACACAGUUCAUAUCUAUCUAUCUCUCUGUCUGUCUAUCUCACACUGCUCAUAUCUAUGUCUGUCUAUCACACUGCUCAUAUCUAUCUAACUGUCUGUCUGUCUGUCUAUCUAUCUAUCUAUCUUGCACUGCGCAUAUCUACCUGUCUAUCUAUCUAUCUUACACUGCGCAUAUCUACCUGUCUGUCUGUCUAUCUAUCUAUGUAUCUAUCUAUCUCACACUGCUCAUAUCUAUCUUUUUGUCUGUCUAUCUGUCUCACACUGCUCAUAUCUCACACAUGGUCUGGUAG